GCAGAGUCAUGGGGGCUUUGAGAACAGGUAGGGCUCUUGUACCAGGAAUAUCGAGAUAAAUCUACACGCCAGGAGAUUGAAACCAGAAGACUCCAGGAUUCACAGACUGACCCCAAGGAGAGUUCACCCAGUGAGGAAACCCCAUCUGAAGCAGAACCUUCAAGUACAAUUGAAAGCAAAGGUCCAUCACAAAUCAGCUUGCUGAGGAACUCCAACUCCAGGUUCAACUUAUGGCAGGAUCUCCCUGAGAUCCAGAGCAGUGGGAUCCUCAGCAUCCUCCAGCCAGAUGAGAUCAAACUGCAGGAGGCCAUGUUUGAGCUGGUUACUUCCGAAGCCUCCUAUUACAAGAGCCUCAAUCUGCUGGUGUCUCACUUCAUGGAGAACGAACGUCUGAAGAAGAUCCUACACCAGUCUGAGGCACACAUCCUCUUCUCCAAUGUCCUGGAUGUCAUGGCUGUCAGUGAGCGUUUUCUGUUGGAUCUGGAGCAGCGGGUGGAGGAGAAUAUUGUGAUCUCGGACAUAUGCGAUAUUGUUCACCAGCACACGGUCAACCACUUCUCUGUGUACAUCACCUAUGUCUCCAACCAGACCUACCAGGAGAGAGCCUACAAGCAGCUUCUCCAGGACAAGCCAGCUUUCCGGGAAGUGAUCUCUCAGCUGGAGCUGGAUCCCAAGUGCAAAGGCCUGUCGUUUUCUUCCUUUCUGAUUCUGCCAUUUCAAAGGAUCACUCGGCUCAAGCUGCUGGUACAGAAUAUUCUGAAGAAAGUGGAAGAGAAGUCUGACAGGGAGACCACUGCCCUGGAAGCACAUAAAGAACUGGAAACAGUGGUGAAGGCCUGUAAUGAAGGUGUCAGGAAGAUGAGCCGAACAGAGCAGAUGAUCAGCAUCCAGAAGAAACUAGAAUUCAAGAUCAAGUCUGUGCCCAUCAUCUCUCACUCCCGCUGGCUGCUGAAGCAGGGGGAAUUGCAGCAGAUGAAUGGUCCAAAGACAUCUCGGACACUUCGCACCAAGAAGCUCUUCAGAGAAAUCUACUUGUUCCUGUUCAAUGACCUGCUAGUACUUUGCCGGCAAAUCCCUGGGGACAAGUACCAAGUGUUCGACUCCGCUCCCCGCGGGCUUCUUCGAGUGGAGGAGUUGGAAGACCAGGGGCAAAGUUUGGCCAACGUCUUCAUCCUGAGGCUACUGGAGAACGCAGAUGAGCGGGAGGCCAGCUACAUGCUGAAGGCAUCAUCCCAGAGUGAAAUGAAGCGCUGGAUGAUUUCCCUGGCCCCGAACCGGAGAACCAAAUUUGUUUCAUUCACAUCCAGACUUGUCGACUGCCCACAGAUCCAGUGCGUCCACCCCUACGUGGCCCAGCAGCCAGAUGAGCUGUCCUUGGAGCUGGCUGAUGUCCUCAACAUCCUGGACAAGACAGAUGACGGCUGGAUAUUUGGGGAGCGUCUUCAUGACCAGGAGAGGGGCUGGUUCCCCAGUUCUAUGGGGGAGGAGAUCCUGAACCCCAAAAUCCGAGCCCAGAACUUGAAGGAGUGUUUCCGGGUGCACAAGUCGGACGACAGCCAGCGGAGGAAACUGGGCAGCAGGAACCGCCAGUGACCGCAGGUGUCCC